AUGAUAGGUGCUGGAGAAGCAGGAAAGACAACCAUUAUCAAACAGAUGAAACUGUUGCAUGCAUCAGGUUUCUCCAUCCCAGAACGAGAAACAUUCCGUGGAUUUGUGUUUUCAAACAUGGUCAUGGCUAUGCAAGCCAUUCUCAGUGCCAUGGAAGAUCACGGGAUUGCAUUAACAAAUCCUGAAAAUGCUGUAUACGUACCAGUCUUUGCAACUAUGCCAAGAGUUGCAAGUGGACAACCUUAUCCACCACAAUUCCGACAAGCACUCAAGGCACUUUGGAGUGAUCCAGCAGUACAACAAGUCUAUCAUCUUGGGCACACAUAUGCGUUGGCUGAUAAUGUACAAUACUUCUUUGACUCUGUAGAUCGCUUAUAUAAACCCGAUUAUAUGCCAGAUGAUGCAGAUAUUCUUCGAUGUAGAGUCAAGUCAACGGGUAUUACUGAAACAACUUUUCAUAUUGGAGCACUGACGUACAGGAUGUUUGAUGUUGGCGGACAAAGAUCAGAGCGUAAAAAAUGGAUCCAUUGUUUUGAGGGCGUCACCGCAGUAUUAUUCCUGGUUGCUAUCAGUGGAUACGAUCAAUGUCUCGUAGAAGAUAAAGAUGCUAAUCAAAUGGAGGAGGCCCUGAUGCUUUUCGAUCAGAUUUGCAACUCACAAUGGUUUGUGGAUACGUCUAUGAUCCUAUUCAUGAAUAAGACAGAUAUUUUCCGGAAUAAGAUCAAGUACUCAAGCAUUAGGGAUUAUUUUCCAGAUUACGAUGGCGAAGAAGGAAACUAUGAAGACGCCACCGAAUUCUUCCAAGGGCGGUUUUUGCGUUUAAACAGGAGUGAGCAUAAAGAAGUUUAUUGUCAUUACACAGAUGCGACUGAUACCAAUCUAUUGAGGAACAUCAUGGCCAGUGUCAAUGAUAUUAUCUUGGCACGGAACGUUAGAGCUCUUGUACUUUAA